CUGAGCAGCAGCCAGUCGCGUUUUUCCCCUCGUCGAGCUCACUCGCUCCGUCUCUCUCCGUCUCUCUCCUCCUCCUCUGACCCUCUCUCGCGUUCUCGGGCUCAGAGACACCAGACCUCCGCUCUCCGUCUCCGUCUCCUCUCAACCUCUCACUCAUUUCACGGUAUCGUCGUUUUCUCCCGUGAUCUCGUUUUCUCUUCUUCCCUACCCCUGUUCCAGGCGCGUUACUGGGGGGGUCCCAGGGGGUUAGAGAGUGGGUGAGUGUGUGUGUGUGAGUGUGUGUGUGAGGUGGGGGGGUUUCAACAUGGAAGCAGUGGCACUGUAUACAUUUCGUGCCACAGAGAGCGAUGAACUCAGCUUCAACAAAGGAGACUUGCUCAAGAUCACCAACAUGGAGGAUGAUCCCAACUGGUACACAGCUGAGCUCCACAACCGAAAAGGCUUCGUGCCAAAAAACUACAUCAACCUACGGCCAUACGCCUGGUUCGCGGGCCGUAUAUCCCGAGGCGUGGCAGAAGGUCGGCUCAGACACAGGGAAUGUGGAGCGUUCCUGGUCAGAGAGAGUGAAAGCGCUCCCGGAGAGUUCUCCAUGUCUGUCAGCUACGGGGACCACGUGCAGCAUUUCAAGGUGCUUCAGGACCGCUCCAGUCAGUACUACGUGUGGGACGAGCUCUUCUCCUCCCUGAACGAGCUGGUGGAGUUCUACCACAGCAACAGCAUCGCCAAGGAGAGGACGGUGUUCCUGAGAGACCCCGAGCACUUCGCCAGGCGUUCCCACCACGCGCACGCUCUCUUCGACUUCACCCCCCAUCACCCCUCUCAGCUGCGCUUCCUGCGCGGCGACGUCAUCGAGCUCAUCGACUGCUCCGACUCGUUGCGCUGGAGGGGGCGUUGCCAUGGACACGUGGGCUACUUCCCGCCGGAAUACGUCCAGACCAUUUACCAAUGCCAGUGACCUUAACCGAACCGCUCCCCCGGGUCCACGGCGGAGCUGGAGACCUGCCCCUCGCACCGUCCCCCUCCCCCUGUCCCUUUAAGUGUUUUGGAGCGUAUGAUUGACGAGCCGCCACUGAACAUCUCAUCAUCACUCUUUUACCUGACUCCUCCCAUUUUCCCAUGACAUCACAAGCCGCGGCCUCAUCAACCACCGCUUGAUCCCACACAUGGACCUGUACACUGUGGACACACACACACACACACACACACACACACACACACACACACACACACACGCUCAUCUGCUCAUCAACAGUGGCUCACGGUGAAUCGAGGCAACACACACUCACACUAACCUGAUGUCACAACCACAAGCAGUGUGUGUGGCCCCUGGGAGCCUGUGGAGAAGGGCAGGGUGCUCCCGGCGGCACAUGAGUCGGGAUUUGCUCCGGUGCUGCGCCGCUGUCCCCACGAGGAGAUGGGAUGAGCCGAGCGGAGGCACAGGGAGGCAUUGUACGCGGGACCAGACGCUGAGUCCAGAUACCGACACAGGAGGCGCUCCUGUCUCUGUGUGAGCACAGAAGGCUUCCUGUAGAAAAUACAGUCUGUGUGUUUAAUGAUGGUAAAAUUAAUGCGAGCGCGCGUGAGUGUGGAGACGCUGUGUGUGAAGGUGUGUGUGAACAGGAAGUGGGGCGAAGACGUAAAACGCUCAGCUCAUUUUAUGGAUCAUCUGUUUAUAUGUAUUUAUUCCUUAUUCGUGUGUAAUCUCAUAUAUUCCAAUCGAGAAUAAUCAUUGUAUGAAACUUGAUUAGUUUAAGAAACUGCGUUGACUGCUCUUCUUCAACCUGUAAUGACGAACCAUUCAAAUAAAGUCAUUUACCUCUUUGA